AUGCGCUCCAUCUCCUCCGUUGCUUUCCUGACCGCCAUAGGAGUGGCCUCCGCUCAAGUUGCGAGCUCGGCCCCAUCGUCGACUUUCUCAACGGCCGUUUCUUCGACCGGACACCCUUCGUCGACAGUGUCUGUGACUUCGUCCACCCCCUUGGGCACUUCUCGGCCCACUGGCAGCAGCUCCUUUGCCAAGGUAGACGGUCUCAAGUUCAAUAUUGACGGCGAGUCCAAGUACUUCGCUGGCACGAACUCGUAUUGGCUGCCAUUCCAGAAAAACAAUGCGGACGUUGACUCUGUCUUCAAAAAUCUGAAGGAGUCCGGUCUCAAGAUUCUCCGAGUUUGGGGCUUUAAUGACGUUAACGCCGUCCCGGAGGAUGGGAAAGUCUACUUCCAGCUCCACGACAAAGCCACCGGUAAAACUACCAUCAACACUGGUGCUGAUGGUCUGAAGCGCCUUGAUUACGUGGUUUCCGCUGCCGAGAAGCACGGCAUCAAGCUUAUCAUUCCCUUUGUGAAUUUCUGGGAUGAUUAUGGUGGCAUGAAUGCCUACGUUACUGCCUAUGGAGGCAGUAAGACGGAUUGGUACACCGAUAAGAAGAUGCAGAGCGUGUACCAGGCGUACAUCAAGGCCGUUGUCUCUCGCUACAAGACUUCCUCCGCCAUCUUUGCGUGGGAGUUGGGUAAUGAGCCUCGCUGCCCGGGCUGCGAAACCGAUGUCAUCGCCAACUGGGUGGCCAAGACUUCUGCCUACAUCAAGUCCCUCGAUUCUAACCAUAUGGUUACCACCGGUGAAGAGGGCAUGGGCCUAACUGUCGGAUCGGAUGGCUCUUACCCAUACACUCACAAAGAAGGCAGCGACUUCGCCAAGAACCUUGCGGCGCCUGAUAUUGACUUUGGAGUGUUCCACCUCUAUGUGGCCGACUGGGGUAUCAAAGAUAAUGAAUUUGGCAACCAAUGGAUCGAGUCCCACGCCAAGAUCUGCGACGAAGCUGGGAAGCCUUGCAUGUUCGAGGAAUAUGGCAUCAAGAAUGACCACUGCUCUGACUCGCUGAAGUGGCAGAAGACCGCCUUGACUACCCCCGGCAACGCUGCUGAUCUCUUCUGGCAGUAUGGCCAGGAGCUGUCCACCGGUCCCUCUCCGAAUGAUCAGUACACCAUCUACUAUGGCACUGACGACUGGAAGUGCACUGUUACUGACCAUGUCAGUGAGAUUUAA